UUUUGGAGUCUGGCGUUUGUGUGCAGGCGGUGUUUUCUCGUUCACCUAAAAAUAGCUUCACGGAGUUUCAACGUUUAUAUUACUGGGAUCACUGAUGGUGCUCUUACUUGUAGAAAGUUCUAGUGAAGUCACAACACGUGUGUAGAAGAUUCUUGAUAGGAGAUACCAGCACAUGCACAAGAUAGAGUGGAAGUCUUAAGGAUUACUCCAGUCAAAAAGACAGCACUCUUCCAAUCUGAGACCGAUACUGUUGGUUUUUGAGGACUCGUCACAGCCCCACAGAUAUUGACAGCAAUCGACAUCCUUUGAGAGAGAGGUGAUCUGGCCGUUCGUCGCCUUCCUUCGAUAACCUGCUGCAACCGCUUGGAGUUAAAUAUAUUUUUAGCAGAGCAGCUUAUUUCUGUACAUGUAGCUAUAGAUGUGUACGAUGAACCAUUGACUGACACACACACUGGGUGAUGUGAACAAGUGUACUACUGCAUGCAGCUGGGAUAGGACAGCCAUUUUGAAAGAUUGGGAUAUUUAAAUACAACCAGUACUUAGUAAGUGUGAGUGGAACCCUGACAGACACACCACACCCCUUCGCUUAACCCCACCUGCAUAGUGAGAGCCUUUGUUUGAUACGCACUCACAGAAAAGAUGGGGCGCAAGAAGAUACAGAUAUCCAGAAUAAAUGAUGAGAGGAAUAGACAGGUCACCUUCACAAAGCGGAAAUUCGGCCUUAUGAAGAAAGCGUACGAGCUGAGCGUCCUGUGCGACUGCGAGAUUGCGCUAAUUAUCUUCAACAGUAGUAACAAACUGUUCCAGUACGCCAGCACGGACAUGGACAAAGUGCUACUGAAAUACACAGAGUACAACGAGCCACAUGAAAGUAGGACCAACCAAGACAUUAUCGAGUUGUUAAACAAGAAAGAAAACAAAGGCUGUGAAAGUCCAGAACAAGACGUUGAGGCGUACAACUGUACACUGACACCACGCACAGAAGCCAAAUACAGUAAAAUCAAUGAGGAAUUUGACAGAAUGAUGAACGGUAGUUUGCCGAGGGGACAGGCUAUGUCCAGCAACUACCCCACCUCCAUGCCUGUGGCCAUUCCCAUCCAACAACAACAACAACAACAACAACAACAACAACAACAACAACAACAACAACAACAACAACAACAACAGACCCAACAACAGAUGCCCACACACAUAUACAACAACAGUCCCCCCAGCCAGCCCUCGAUCAGCAGCCCACAGCUGAUGCAGCCCCCAGCCUCGGCGCCUCGACAGAGUCUCAGCCCCCAGCCGCCGAUGUCUAGGAUCAGUCUCAGCCCCCAACCCCACCACAACCCACACAUGAGGACCAGUCUAAGUCCACAGCCGAGUAUGAUGCGGAACACCAUUUCACCACAGCCCCCUCGCCCAGCUAGCACAGGCUGUUUGAUCAGCGUCUCAGACGACCCAGACAAAGCCAACCUAGGUGACAAAUCGGCCGAGUCAGAGCGCCAGUCAGGAAACACAUAUCUGGGCCCACCCAUUACGUCAUCAGGGGGUUUGAGUCCAGUAUCGUCAAACAAUGGCAUAAACAACAACAACUUGCUGAAAACGUUGAACAAGCAGCAGGCAACGCAUCGACUCGGUCUGAAGGUGGUCAUACCCACAUCAAGACCGACCAUGCAAACUAAUAACGGAAUCUCUGUCAACCAGUCGUUAGCCACGCCCACAGUAUCAUUAGCCACGCCUAGUAAUCCGCACAACGUCAUACCAAACUACCCUUCAGCCCUGCCUACAGGAUAUCACACAGGAAGCGACAUGCAGUUGACGAGUGCCGAUCUCAAUCAGUUCACCAGCUUCAAUUCACCAGGUUCACUAUCAUUACACGGCUGGCAUGGGCAGUCCAGUCAAGCAGGCCCCCUCACGGCGGCGAUACAGGCCGCCGGCAUCAGUGGACAUCCUUUGAGUAUCAACACAUCAUCGAUGCAGGGACAAAACACCUACACCGGUCAAACCUCAAUCAAGUGUGAGCCCCUCUCGCCCCCGAAAGACCGAAAGUUCAACUCUCAGAUGAUGCUCCAACAACAGCCCAGUACCUCACCGGGACCAGCUGACCCCAACGGUUCCCCGCCUUACAAUGACCACGGAGGUCGUGCGCUGGUUGACAAGGACCUUCCACCAUCGAAAAGGCCAAGAAUGACCGAGGCGUGGGUCCGGUGAAUAAAAACCACCCCGCCCCUUGGGGCUGUAAUAACCUCCAAAUCAUCUGUUGCAGCUUCUUUUUCUUCUUUUCCUUCAAGAAAAAAAAAAAAAAUUAUUAUUAUUUUUUUUUUUUUCAACAAUAUGGGGCUAAUCCACCGAAAUGGUCAGAAAUUCAAUGGUAGUUUUUAAAAGCAGUCGGUUUUUGAGUUCAGUUCCACUGAGUACAUUGUACAUAACCUUGUAUAUUCAGUGUGUGAGUGACAUGUAGGGAGUGCCACUAUUGGACUCUUGAGGGCGCCAAUUGGGGCUCUGUUUGAUAUCAUAGGAAAACGUUGCUGCUUGUUAAUUCGUAACUGAAGCAGGUUAUCGGUAGAAUUUCAAUUACAUCAAAAACCUACUGCUCUUUAACUGUCCAAUCGUGGGUCCUAUAUUUCUUCCAUUGCGGUUUAUUCAUACA